CCUUCUCUGAAUUAGACAGUGACAGAGCCUCUUUUCUCCCCUCAGAAGGCAGGCCCUUAGCACCACAACUAAUAAAUCUUACCCUCAGGGCUUCCCCCCUCCCGCCCCAGCUUCUUAGAACAAGUAGCAAAGAUGCGAGUCGUUUACGACACUUCACCCACUUGCCCUGUUGGCGCUCCCUCACGCGACGGUGCUUCAAACCGCAACUUGAAGCCGGCCCCCAAAGUUGCUCCUCCUCCUCCAACCUCAUCUCGCGCAAACCGCCGCCAGGGCAUCAUCUUCAACGUUCAAGCCCUUCCGCAAGAACUCAAGGCCCUUCAAGGCCAAUCCGACUCAAAAAACCCUACUGGACCGGCUUGAAUUCAUAACUAAAUUUUGGUUAUCAUCUUUUCUUGGAUAAUUUAUCUUAUAAAACAU